CGGACGGUUUCGGGGCCGAAAUAUCUCACGGAUAUUUUUAAAAAUCUUUCCCGUAAUAUUUUUGGCAACUGAUUAGGGCGGCAAUUGUACGGAGAAGUCGGCCUCUGGGCGUCACCGAAGCGGAGCUCUUUUAGACGCAUAAAAAUAAUUCCUCUCUGGCAUCUCGACUUCCUCUUUACUUUACCUUCUCGGAAAAUGAAUGGUUAUUUAUUUGCGUCAAAUGGCUCCGUGUUGCGACCACGCAUAUCCCAAGCAGAAAUAUUUGCGUUCAUGUUAAUUAACGGACGCGACCAGAAGGAAGCCGGACCUUCAGUCCCAGUGAAAGUAGGCUGGCUCAAUUCACCUGCGCCCCGGUUAUUCGAAUAUGGGCGAGAUUGUACCCGCCCACAGAUUUCCCCGGAAGAAAAUUGCCAAAUUUUCUAAUAGAAAGCCUGUAAGAAGUCCCUUAUCAGCAUCCCGUCCCCUACGAUUUCAUAUUUGCGAUCCAUCGAGGUUUUAACAUCAGGGUCCGCCAGGCUAUCAUUAGGUUGUGGGAGGGCCUGUCGUGGAGGGUGAGGGCGGGAAAAUGCAGGCUUUGUAACGAACGAUUUGAAAUAUCGCCGCUCUACCCCUUUAAUUAAAGGUGGCGCCCCUCUCUGUGUCCCUCUGGUACGUUUUUCCAUCCCCGCCCGCAGAUAUACGCCGUGGAAAAAUGCCAUGAGGACGUCCCUGAAAACAACGAGGUGAAAUGGCCGGAUCGCCAAUCCAUCCAUCAAUUAACUAAAGCCUGUGAAACGUAACGUUGCGUUGUGAGAAAGAAGCGAUCCGUGGGCGGCCUCGGGCUGGUGACUGUGGCGGGGAGAGCGGCCGCGCUGCACCAAUCAGAGGGCAGCCUUCACUUCCCCACCGCCCCUGAGUUUCACUCUCCUCCGCGCCGCGAACUAGUUCGCUUGCGAAUUGCAUCGCGUUUUGCUCGCCGCUGCAGCUAUUUCAAUUUUCCCGAAUGUUGGUAAAAGAUUCCGAGGCGUCGGAAAUACAGAGGAAUCGCGAAAUGGGCGGCCCACACGCCUGAACAAGGAAUUAGAUCGUCGCUUCCAGCGCACGAAUAUCUGGCGAAAUUCGACAGGCCGCCUGAGAGUUGAAGCUUUUGAAUAGUCGUGACCCCAAAGCAGUGAAGUGAGAGGAAAUUGUGUAUUUUGUGCCAGCAUGCGUACUCUGACGGCCCCAUCGGCGAACACGGAGUCCCCAGUGCCAUCCACAUCAGGCCAGUUUUAGUGGUGCAACACUGUGCAAUAAAUCUGUCUGAAAAGACCAAGAGGAAGAAGGUUUCGUUGGCUGAUUGUGGCAGAGAUCUAGAUUGUUCAUAGAAAAUUGCCAAAAUGGAGGAUGACAUCAAACACAAGGAAACUUUUGAGUAUACGUUGCAGCCGAGAGAGGCCCAGGGUGCCCAAAUCAUCACUGCCAAUGGGCAGACCUACUCUGUUAUGCCCCAAACCCAAAUGCAAACUGUAACAAUAGAUGGACAGGAGGCAAUCUACAUUCCAGCAUCAGUUCAGCAUGCCCCAGCUACCCAGCAGAUCCAGAUUGCGGGCAACCAGGCUUUGUUCACCCCAACUGGGCAGCUCAUCAGAACGCAAAACCUUCUGCAGAAUGUUCAAAGCGUCGGUCAAGUUGUUACGCCCAUAACUGUGGGUGGUGUGCGUCCUGCCACAGCAACUGGUGGUGCUGGCACAGCUCAGGCUGCGCCCACAGCAACAGCCCAAGUGGGCCAGGUAGCAACUCAGGUAAUGCAGUCAGGAGUUGCAGGUGUACCCCAAGCAACUAUUCCUGUGCAGAUACCCAUCUCGACAGCCGGGGGACAAACAAUCAUGCAGACUAUUCCAUUUCCAGUGCAAAUACCGGUAAUUCCAAAUGUUGUGCAGGCUAAUGGGCAGACAAUCCAAGUAGUACCGCAACUUGCACAGGUGAGGACGAUGAACCUUUACUACGAUGGUGGUGUACAUUACCCAGAUACUUAUAAUUUGAUAGAGUAUUGCAAGAAAGAACAAGUCCAAGCACAACCCCAAAUAGCACAAAUUUUAUUACCCAAUGGCCAAGUCCAACAAGUUCAAAUGCUGUGGAGUGGCACCACAGGUUUGAUGUCUUUAGCAUCUGCUGGAGCUAUGACCCAGCUCUCCUCCUCCCAACCCGCGACAACAUCAACUUGGGCAACGAGUACAGUAUCAUCCCCAUCAGUAGCAGCAGCAGUGCAGGCAACGUCAACCACCACGUCUACGCAGGAUGAAAAGCCACAAGUCCAGCAAGCAAAUCAGCAGGCAUCCGCUGCAGGAGGCAGUAUCACAACAACAAACCCCUCCCAAGGGACAAAUAUGACUGUUUCAAAUGCUUGUACUUCUCAGCUGUUACCGCAGGGAAUCACUGUAUCAGCGCAGAUACCUGGAUCAGUCGGGACAGGCGUUACGGUGGUGCCAGUAAGCCAGACAUCGCAGUUGCGAGCUGCAACAGCUCCUGCGGCAGCGCUGGCGACUCAGCAGAUCCCUCAGAUACAGGUGGUGCAACCUGUUUUUCAGCACAUCCCUGGUAUUGGCCAGGUUCAAGUGAUAUCUCCAUCAUCUCUACAAAACCUUACAUCAACUCUAUCAGGAACAGCUCAGCCGAUAUCUGUAUCAAACCUAGGGGCUGUGACUACAAGCAGUGCUCAGCCAACAACUGCCAUUCCCACCCAGAUCUUACCUGGAGGUGCUCAACUUAUUAGUGCUAGCGGUAUACAGUGUGAAGGAGAUUCCAAGUGGGUAGUAUCCACAGGAGGUCAAGUAAGUCAACCUCAGGUGGUGCCACAACCAGAAGACUCGCCCGUUAACAAUGGGGGUAAGAGCAGGUUACGCAGAGUUGCAUGCACAUGUCCAAAUUGCAAAGAAGGGGACAGAGGCGGAGAACACAAGAAAAAAGUGCACAUCUGCCACAUUCCCGGUUGCAACAAGAUGUAUGGAAAGACGUCACAUUUGAGGGCGCAUCUAAGAUGGCACUCUGGGGAUCGGCCUUUUGCUUGCUCUUGGCUGUUUUGCAAUAAGAGAUUCACUAGAUCAGAUGAACUGCAGCGUCACAAGCGGACUCAUACAGGAGAAAAGAGGUUCCACUGCCCCGACUGUCAAAAGCGUUUCAUGCGAUCUGAUCAUCUUUCAAAACAUGUCAAGACCCACAAUAAGCAAAAGGGACUGAACCAUUCCAAUGCCCCACAUUCAUCAGACAGCAGUAACUCCUCAGAUGCAGGCGAGAAGAUGCUCAUCACCAUCCCAGACCAAAGUGGCGACCCCCUCCACAUCUCCACAGAUGACGUCUCAGGCAACAUUACGCGGCAGCAGCAGCCUUAAUAAUCAUAAUGUUUUAGUACAAGUUGAAAAUGUCAUGUAAUUACUCAUUAUCAUUCUCAUCAUCCACAUAUGUACAUAUCCAUGUCGAGAUUUAUUUAGUGUUCACUUUGUGUAUUUAUAAUACCUUAUAUUGAUGGUAGAGAUGUUACGCUGAAUUUUUUUUUAUUGACAGGUAAAUGGUUGUGUACAAAUUUUAAAAUGGUAAAAGUCAAACCAGAACUAACGGCACUUUGUAUGCCAAGAUAAUAUUCUGGGAGUUAAAAAGGUAACGAGCAUUAAUAAUUUUGCUAAACAAGUAUUUGAAUACAGUGGUUAUUUAAAACUUUUGUAAAUUCGUGUGCAAUAUUUUCUGUAAUAAGUUUUUUACCGAAAAUAAUUUUUAGUAUUUUGUAUAUGCAUAAUUUGCUGUAAGCAAAUUUAUUUGCUCAAUGUAUUUUCACUUUUCUUUGAAUUUACAAGAAUGCAAAACCCUUAAUUCAGAAGACUUUUUGUGGGGAAUUACAUCAGAAAAUGUAUUUUGAAGAAUAUCAAAGGCCAUAAUGAAGUCGUGAAAGGCAAAGAGUACUCUUUUGAACUCUUGUACCUUAUUCAUUUUAAGUAUUUGCAUUUGUGACUGGUACUGGAAAGUAUAUACAUGAUUGUUGUUACUUUUUGUGAACACUUGAUCAGAUGUAUUAAACUAUCAUUUUCAUUUGCUUUCUAAAGUUUAUAUCCACUGAUUUGCAUUAAUGGUACAGUGGAAUCCUGCAUCAACCGAUACCACAUCACUGCAUGUCUGUGGACUGCAGAUACUGCUAUGAAGAGAAAUGUCUGGGAGUCUGGUUUAGGAGCAAUUGAGUGAAACAAGCUAGAGUGGAUGUUAUUUGGUUGUAUCUGUCGUGCAUUAUCGGCUGCCUUCAUCUUCCGUAGUGUAUACAUCACAUCUUGACAGACAUGCAGUGGAAAUGGUGGUGAAGUAAAAGGCUAAAAAGUGGUUGCAAUUAGGGGCUAAAAGACACUUAAGACACGUAGUAAUGCCUACGAUGCACUGUGCAAGGUGCACUUAGGCACUACCUGCCCACAAGGCCUUGUUUAGUGUGUAUACCGUAUUACCCCUUUGUUUGAUACCUUGUGCCUUGGAUCAGUAUCAUCUUAUGUAGGUAGUUAUCCAUUUUAUCCAUCAUAAUUGUGUUGCCCAUGUAUCUAAAUUUACUUUAAAAAAUCAAAAUUAACCUUCUCCUUCCUGUGUCCUUUGAAAUUGUAAAGCUGUUGUAGUGUUCCUUGAUAAAUUACUAUUAGGUCUUAUGGAAGCUUUAAAUUAGAUAGUAAAACAGUAUGACUCAUUUUGAAAUUUCAUGCCAAUUUUUUUUAUUUUACAAUUCUCUUGGUCAGUCCAGUAAUAUGAAGACUGUGUAUAGAGUUCACGGUUGAACACUCGCUCACAUUGGAUUCCCUGAACCAUGUGUCUGUUUAUGCAAGAUUCUACUGUACAUGAUAGGAUGAACACAGGACAUAAAAUACAAACGUCGGGAAAAGUUGAUUUUGAAGAAGGAACAUUACUGAAUCCCAUGUACUGCAUUAUGUCACAUACAUAUAUUAAUUGCUGGCUUAAAAUUUGCUUCCUUUUAAAAGACAAACAGGCUCAUUUAAUUCCAGAUAGCAGCGUAUAGACUUCACUUUACAGUAAAGUGUUAUGGUAUUCAUACUGCAGAUGAAAUAGAAAGGGUAACUUAACAUUUGUAGGGUCACUUUAAACAUGAAAAUUUUGACUAUUUAAUUCCUGUAAAAUCAUAGUGGUGGGUUUGCAUUACUGAGGUUAUUACUUACAAGUUUAACCAAACUGCAGAACUAUAUUUCCAACUUGUGAUCAGUUAUAUUUACUUGAACAAUGAAAAUAAGGUUUUUGAAGUUUUGGUUUCUUCAAGGUUAUAAACUUUUAGCUUCGAGAUGAAUUUUUUUUUUAUUUAGCAUGGACACAUGGCAUUUGAUGAAACUCCAUUCAAAUACGUAUGUAGUAAACAUACGUAUUUACUGUCCCCACACACAUUUUAAAUAGUGAUAAAUAUUCUAAAUAAGAACAGGAAGAAUGAAUUUGUAUAGAGUUCUGUAUUUAAUAUGGUUCAUAUUUUCCAAGUUUCAAAUGCUUAGCUUUACAUUGUACAUAUUUUAAUGCACAAAAUUUUUUAAAAUGGCUCGUUACUUCACAAUUUUAAGAGCUGUAAAGCACACGACUUUUGUAUGUGCUCGGAAACAGCGCAAGGUAGUGAACAGGCUCAAAUAGAAUAGCUCAGUCCACUGGAUAGUGAAGGACUAACAUUUGGAUGAAAAUGACUUCCUACAGUGCUAUGAAUUCAGCCAUUCGUGGCCAUCACACAAAUUGUAUUGGUGGACAGUUUUUGUGUCUUCCUAGUCUUUUCUGUUGAAUAUGUAUAUAUUUGAAGUUAUUUAUUAUAUACUUUUUUAUAAUUUUAUAAUAUAUGGCAGUUGGAGUUGCACACUGUACUAUAUUACUUAACAUGUAGUUUUCUCAACUGCUUAAUUGUACCUGAAGAAUUCUGCUUUCAAGAAUAGUUGAAAUACUUUCAAGAAUAGUUGAAAUACUAAGUAAUUUAUAUGGUUUAGAAAUAUAAAGUUUUUAAAGUGGCGCUAAAACCAAGUGAGAUUAUUAUAUAAUACUGUUGAUUCGUAGAAAAUAGGUGCCUUGUAUUGGUUCUUACAAUAAAUGGCAUGAAAUUA